AUGGGAGUUCCGCAGAAGAUUUCUCCGUUUAUGAGACAGUGCUUCGUAACUGCCACUGUGGGAUUCAAUAUAAUCAGUUUUGGAUGUGCGAUCGGUUUCCCCGCUAUUCUACUGCCUCAGCUGCAUGAGAGGGACUCGUCUUUUCAUCUCACUAAAGACCAGGAGUCAUGGAUUGCGGCCAUACUCCCUCUGAGCGUGCUGUCAGGCAACUUCAUCGCUCCGCCCAUCAUGGACCGCCUGGGACGCAAGAUGACGCACUAUGUCCUUACACUGGUGUCUCUCAUUGGAUGGUACAUCACUAUUAUGGCUACUAGCUUUGAGGCUCUGAUGAUAGGCAGACUCUGGCAAGGCGUGUCAGGAGGUCUCCUCACCACAAUGCGAUCGGUCCUCAUCGGGGAAUACACCAGUCCAAAAAACCGUGGAGCCUUCCUCACUACGGUAUCAUUAACUCAAGCAUUUGGCGUGUUUCUCAGCCAUUUACUAGGGUCUUUACUGACCUGGCAAAUGGUUGCUUUGAUCUGUGUAUUCUUCCCUUUCAUAAGUCUUAUUAUGGUUAUUUACACCCCAGAAUCUCCAAGUUGGUUAGUGACUAGAGGAAGAUAUGAGGAAUGUAGAGAAAUUUUCCGUUGGCUACGAGGUUAUGAUGAAGAGGAAGAAUUGGCUGAUAUGAUACAAUCUAGAUUGGCUUAUGAACACGCGGAAAUCAAAGAGUCAAUCCGUAAAUCUGAACGAAAUUGGUUCAGAAAUCUUGUGACGAUGAUAAGAAAGCGGGAGUUCUACAAACCAAUUAUAUUAAUGGUGAUCAGUAAUAUAUUAAUGCAUGUGUCUGGAGCGUCAACUUUUGCUCCGUACGCGACAAUGGUUGUAGGUUUAUUAAUGGGACCAAACGCAAACCCUUAUUUCUGGAUGGUGUUUUUGGAUGCGCAAAGAAUUGUGUCAAAUACUUUAGCCGUUUAUAUAAUUAAUAGAGUUAAUAGACGUACGAUGGUGUUUGCUACAGGUGCAUUAUCAGUGCUCAGUCAUAUAGCUAUAGUUGUCUAUGUUUAUUAUAAACAAAACGGUUGGAAUUAUGAAUCUAUAUGGUUACCAGCUCUAUUAAUCAAUCUGCAGUUUGUAGCCGUUGGAAUGGGUAUGGUGCCAAUGCCACAGGUAAUUGGCGGGGAAAUAUUUCCAUUACAAUACAGAAGUAUUGGAGGGACUAUAAGCAUGGCAACAGGCACGGGUUUAAUGUUCGUGGCGUUAAAAACUUUUCCGGAUUUAAUAGAGAAGACUGGUUUACAUGGCACAUAUGGGAUAUACGCUAUUAUUAUUAUAGUGAAUUUGGUUGUGAUGAUGGCUUGGCUUCCCGAAACGAGAGGUAAAACGUUGCAGGAGAUUGAAGAUGAACUGAGGGGGAGGCCGUUGAAAAUUGAGGAGAUCCAAGCGAGGGAGUCGUUACAAUCGAAUCCCAUAGAGAUAUACAAGAGGAAAAUGUCUGAAAGGAGAUGUAGUAGCCCCACUAUAGUUUGA